AUGGGCCGCUUGCAAACCCACCCUCCUCCGGACCCGACCCGACCACCUGCGAGGCCCAUCAGGCCCACGGUCCACCCCUGCGCAGCCACGUUACCCCGACCUGGCUGCCCCAAACCACCACCCCUCCCCAGUUGUACCCCUCCAGUCCACUGUACACCCAACCACCUACCAGGAUUCGCUGGCGGCGGCGACGGCGGGAUCCCAGGGGCCGGCGGUGCUCCCUCACGCGCACCCACUCUUGCGCCCUCAAGCGGCAACGGUGGGAUCCGCAGGAACCCUCCCAGCGGCCGGGAGCGCGGCGACCCCAGCAGCGAGAGCUCGGCUGGAUCGGCUCGGGUGGGUGCUUCCCAAGGGCGUGAGUGCGGCGACCGGGCGGAAGCGAGCUCGGGCGCCCCGAGCAGGAGGAAGCGCGGCGACCUCGAGCAGCGGAAGCACCGGGGAUCCAUGGGCGCGGAGGCGACGGCGGAGAGCAGCGUGGCGUGGAUGUGGCUCAUGGAGCGCGGAGGCUGCGGCGGCGGCCAGCAGCAGGUGCAGAAGCCACUAAGGUGGCCCGUCGGCAUCCUCGAGCAGCCGAGGGUGGGGCCAGCGAUGGAGUGCGGCAGGGCGAGGCCGCGGGGUGCCCGCAGCGACCUCGCCCUGCUCUACAUACCCUGCUGCCGUGCUGGGGUUCGCGACAUACACCCUGCUGCCCUGCAGUACGGCUGCCUCGUCUCUGUCAACCUCGUCGCAAUCCCAUACCCGCUGGAUUCCAUGCAGGCCGACACCCCACGUGGCUGGCCUGAGUGGAAGGGAGCGCAGCCUCCUCGCGCGGCCGAGCAGCCUUGAGCGGCGCUCGUGUGGCCAGGCUGAGCGGACCGGGAGAGGGGAGCGUGGCCGCCCGGACUAGUGGCAGGGCGGCUGACCUGCGCUGUGGAUCAAAUCGGAAGCUACCCUGCUGCGCGGUUCUGGUUUCUCUGGUGAGCAUUUUUUUACUCAUACAUCGUCCUGCCUUUCUCGAUUAAUCAUGGUGGUUAAUCAUGGUCACAGAUGGUAGAUUGGUUGAAAUUGGAUGUCGACGAGAGAAAUUGAGGUGAAAUUAUAGACACCGGCACACUGCGAACACCCCUCAUCCUCGAUUCCUUAAUUUUUUUUGCUCGUGUGAUGCUGCUUUUUGUCGCAUGCAUUGCCUGUUGGUUCUCAUUAUUAUGUGCAUCCGGAUCAUUUAGUAAUCUAGUUAUUUUGUAUUAUAUGCAUCUAGUAAUCCAGUAAUACUUAUAAAUAUCAGUAAUCCCUCGAUACCCAGCAAUACUUGCGUAUUUUUAGUAAUUCUCUGUAACCCAGUAAUACUACGUAGCAUUUCAGUUAUUCUCAGCAAGCUAUAACCCAGUAAUUCAAUAUGCUACCGGCCUUGCUCUAUUUUUCUCAAUCAUCUUUUUCAGAGUUUUAUUGGUGACAGGUUCAUGUGGACAUGGCACCCUUUUUUGACUCAUCACCUCAUGCAUGCGGCAGCGAUAGUACUGAACUUCACAAGGGAGAUGGUUCCAAGCGAACAGAAAGAUUAUUCCUGUGUUUUUUUUGUAAAUUUUUGUGUUUUGCAGGCUGCUUGGUAAACUAUUCUUUACAGUAACACACCAUGUACGAGCUUGGAUUCAGUAAUAUGGAGAUCUAGUUAUUCAG